AUGUGGAUUCCUGCUGCACGUUUGACAGCCGAACGCAACAUAGACGAGUUGUGCGUGUCUCUGAAGGCAGACUAUCAGCCAGAAAUCUGGCGCAAGUACCUCCACCAGGGAUGUGUCCGCGAUUUUGUCCGUAUUCCGCAUCAAGGGAUCGGCUUCGUCUGUACGUCUGAAGAGGCGCUCCGCUGUCUUGGUGGUGUCACACUAAAGGUGUGUGACACGCUUGUCACGAUCCGGAAGUAUUCUCUAUUCGACAAGCUGUACUACGUGGAUCUUCAACGUCUCCCGUUCAACGUUUCCGACCGCGACAUCUACAACUGGUUCGUCAGCCGCGGUGCCCGUCCGGUUCUGAUUACGGCCACGCACGACCAUGGGAUGCUCAAGUCGCGCGCUCGCACCGUCUACUUCAACUCGGUGGCAUGCCCACAAGGGCUAUUUGAACCCAACGGCGAGCCGUUGCGAGAAGUCUUCUUCGAUCCAGCUGACAAGCCCUGCUUUGUACAGCAUCGGAUGUUCAAGUACAACCGGUAUGCGCACUGA